CUGAGCGGCCGCCGCUGCCUCCCUCCUCUCUCCUCCUGGGUCCGCCAUGGCCGUCGGUGUCUGCUCGGGGCGCGCGGGCUGGGGCUGAGGCUGGCACUGCCCCCUCGGAGGCGGGCCUCCGUCCUCGUCCUCCGCUGAGCAUGCCCUCGAAGUGGCUGCUGCUCGGACGGCGAAGACAGGCGCGUCUGCUCCUCGUAUCCCGGGCGGGAGGCCGGAGCGCUGGGAGGCACCGUCGCGGGGAGAGGAGGGCAUGCGGGGGGCGGGCGGGCGGCCCUGCUCCUCCUCGUCCUCGCCUCCUGCCCCUUUCUCCGGGGCUCGGGCAACAUGAUCGCGGGCUCCCUCCACCCGCCCCGCUUAGGGAUCAGCGGGAAGCUCUUGCAAGGGGUCACCGCCAGCCCCGGGGGCGGAGGAGAGCCCGAGGGAGGCGAUGCCAGCGGGGUCGGGAGUAGCACCAGCACCAGCAGCUCCGAGAGCAGCUUCGACGCCGCCGCCGGGAGCAACGAGACGCUGUGCGGGGAGCAGAUCCUGGGCUACGGCGACGCGGAGAAAGUGCUGAUCGGGGCCGUGCUGUCGCUGCUGACCCUGCUGACCAUCGCGGGCAACUGCCUGGUGGUCAUCUCGGUCUGCUUCGUCAAGAAGCUGCGGCAGCCCUCCAACUACCUCAUCGUCUCGCUGGCCCUGGCCGACCUCUCCGUGGCCGUGGCCGUCAUGCCCUUCGUCAGCGUCACCGACCUCAUCGGUGGCGAGUGGAUCUUCGGGGCCUUCUUCUGCAACGUCUUCAUCGCCAUGGACGUGAUGUGCUGCACCGCCUCCAUCAUGACCCUCUGUGUGAUCAGCAUCGACAGGUAUCUUGGCAUAACAAGGCCUCUCACCUAUCCUGUAAGGCAAAAUGGGAAGUGUAUGGCCAAAAUGAUCCUUUGUGUGUGGCUGCUGUCUGCUUCCAUUACUCUGCCACCACUCUUUGGCUGGGCUCAAAAUAUCAAUGAUGACAAAGUUUGCUUGAUCAGCCAAGACUUUGGAUACACAAUUUAUUCCACCGCAGUUGCAUUUUACAUCCCCAUGUCGGUGAUGCUUUUCAUGUACUAUCAGAUCUACAAGGCUGCCAAGAAAAGCGCAGCCAAACACAAGUUUAGUGGCUUUCCACGACCUGAAGAAAAUGAGGGGAUUGCUUCCACCAAUGGCAUUGUGAAACUACACAAAGAAUCAGAAGAGUGCACCAACUUUUCACGGCUGCUUAAGCAUGAACGGAAGAACAUUUCCAUCUUCAAAAGGGAGCAGAAAGCUGCCACCACACUGGGGAUUAUUGUAGGGGCUUUCACUGUGUGCUGGCUGCCAUUUUUCAUACUUUCCACCGCUAGACCCUUUAUCUGUGGGACGUCUUGUAGCUGUAUCCCUUUGUGGGUUGAAAGGACAUUUCUAUGGUUGGGUUAUGCAAACUCUCUUAUAAACCCAUUUAUAUAUGCCUUCUUCAACCGGGACCUGAGAACCACCUAUCGCAAUCUGUUGCAGUGCAGAUAUAGGAAUAUCAACCGUAAGCUGUCUGCUGCAGGCAUGCAUGAAGCCCUGAAGCUUGCUGAGAAGCCCGAGUUUGUUCUGUAAGGAGGAACUCAGAUUAUUCAAGAAGAAAGACUCAUGAUUUAUGACUGAAAAAGUCAUCAUGUGGACAAGGCCCUGCUGGGCAAGGGACAGUGUAGAAGAUUCAGUCAGCCCAGAAGAACCAAUGGAGUUAGUGAAAUGCAUCUGGUCCACUUCUAAAGGGAACGUUGUAAGAAAAGUCAGUGAUCAUAUUAUUCAAUAUUAUAUUAAAUGUACCCAACACAGUGACCUCUCUCUUGCCAUCUAGCUCAAUUUUUAAAUUUCAUGGAAUAAAAGCUCAUUGUGCAUGAAUACUUUUUUUGUUUAGUCAGACAAGACAAAUAAAGGUUUGAUAUAGGACCACAAAUGUGUAAGAGAAGACGUCCAUGUAAGCCCAUUCGGAAUAUAAAUCUUCACCAGUGUCAUACUUAUGGAUGAGAAUGAGCAAUUUAACCCAUUUUCUCCUGUGUGAAGAUCCUCAAAACCUGCACAGUUUUUAAACAUUAUUUACAGUUUGGGAUUUAUAAUGCAAAAAAAUAGUUUUUGUGCAGAAAAUUUGUGGCAAAUCUGGAAACAACCAGCCAAAGCUCAUAAUGCUCUGCACAAGUCAUAUUCAGUAAGUACAGCUGACUACACAGUAUGGAGAGGACUGUAUUGUAUCACAUCGUCUUAGACAUGUUAAUGAUGAGUUUGUCUUAUAAAAAGAAGGAUCAUCCCUAAUUUUACAAUAAGAACAAGUUAGUACUACAAACAUGGGGGUGGGGGAAAUAGCCAGGAUAUGCAAUGUGUUUUACCGGAAUGGUGAGGAAUGUUUUUCAAGCAAAGAACACAAAACAUGAAUCUUUUUUCCACAAUAAGAUGCAAAGUGUUCUGGCUUCAAUUCAGAGAUGCCACAUUCUUAUGUCACAGUGAAAUGAAUGGUAAUUAAGAUGUACAGUACUGCCCAAAGCAGGCAUGGGCAAACUUCAGCCCUCCAAGUGUUUUGGACUUCAAUUCUCACAAUUCCUAACAGCCUUCCAGCUGUUAGGAAUUAUGGGAGUUGGAGUCCAAAACACCUGGAGGGCCAAAGUUUGCCCAUGCCUGGUCGAAAUUAUAGAUUCUUAGACAGAAGCAGAUUAGGGCCAGCUAGAAAGCACGAAACCCAGUCAUUGUUUAUGUGUUUGUUCUACACAUAAUAGGUUGAAAUAAGUUGUCUUGUCUAGAAAGUUUUUGGUGACUCAAAUUGGUACAAUUGAGGGUUAAACCAGUGUAAUGGGGAUCACUUAAGAUGGCAUAAAAGGAGACAACGGAGAAUCACUGAACUUUUUAGCAGAAAUACAGGGCUACAUUUAAUGAUGUGCUGAUUACCAUAUACAAUAAGCAAAACCAAGGUUUUUUCAAUAAUCUGUUAAUUUAUUGUCUGCUGUCAUAUUUCAAUGUCAUUUGGGGAUAUACUACACGGUGUUAAUAGAUUAUAUGAAUUGUGGUAGGAUUUCAGCUGCUUUUUAUGUACUGUGAAUUUCCUUGUUUUUUAAUGUAUGAAAGCUUCUUUUUACUUAAAGUGUUCUCUUUGUUGCCUCGAGCUUUAUAAGACAGAAGGACAUAGUUGUUCUUACAACAAUGACAAUAAAUUACAAUAAACCUUCUGCAAGUAUUGAAAGUUUACCAAGAAUAUAUCCAUACUUCAAUUCAGCAUUAAUGAUUGUGCUUCAAUCAUAUUUAAAUGAAUUCCUUUUGCUAAUUCAGGCUACAUUCCUCUAAGGUUUACUGUAUAUUAAAGAACAAAUGUAACAUUAAUAGAAUGAAUACCCUUCAGUCCUAAUAAAGGAAUGUUUUCUUCAAGCAGAUUCACUGGAGGACUAUUUUGUCUAGCUUGGGCUCCCAUGCACAAGAUGAAAUUUGGGGUCCCAGUUGUGUUGAAAUGCUUUUGAGACUGUUCUUGGAAUAACAUGAAAGAGCAUUCUUUUGUCUUGUUUUUUAAAAUGUAAUCUGUCUUCUGUAAGCUGCAAAUUCCAGGAAAGCGUUCAUGUGAAAAAUUGCAAAGGUUCAACUUGUUACAGAAGAUUCCUGCAGAGGACUAUGUAAAAUCAUAAAAGAAUGUGAAAGUACAGAAGAGCACAAUACCGUUGCCCUUGGAAUGAACAAAACAAAUCUGUAAUUAUCAUACACAUAUCCACAGCAUAUGAUCCACCAUGGAAAAUGAAGACUAUGAGGUAUACGCUCUGUUUUGGCUGAGGAUCUAUGUCCUGUUUAUCAUUGCAUACUUGGAACUAAAGAAAUAGGAAGAAAAUGAUCACCCCUUAGAUCACAAUGUAUGUCCAGCAAUCUGUGUUUAUUCCCGGAUUGUGAAGGCCUCACCUAAACAUUUGGAGGUUGAGAUAGAAGGAUUUUGCAACAAAAUGUACAUUGUUUACAUCACAGGGGGAAUGAAGAGUGUGUUGCUCUCCAAAUGUUGUUGGACUCCAUUCCAACCUUCCCACUGUAUGUUCUAGGUAAGGCUAAUGAGAGUUGUACUCCAAGAGCAUCUGGAGGACCACACAUUCCCCAGCCCUGGUUUUCAGUGGUCAGUGUCACUCUAUGUCUCCAAGAAUCAUUUCUUCCAAGAUUAAUGAUCUUGAAAUUCAUAGUCCUCUUUCUGAACCAUAAACUUCAGGAUUCUUUGCAUGAUGUCAGUUGAACUCAGAUAAAGCUGGCUCAAAUGUAUAGGUUAGAUCUGCCUUAAUUUUACCCAAAAUAGCAAAAAUAUGGUUCUUUCUGUUUUCCCAAGGAUCAAUCCUGUCUUUUCUGUAACAGGUGUUACAGCAUGUGUCAAUGUUAACAAGUUUAAAUAAAUUUCAGUGUUCCACCA